AUGGUCGCCUGGGCAGAUAUUUUCGGCAUGUGCAGAGCGACUGCCCAAAACAAAGUCAUCGUCAAGGACAUAGUCGGUAUCUCAGCCCAACAGGCUGACCAAACGACGUUUAUUGAGCACAGCAAGAAGCCGGACUUCGAUGAUUCCGCAGCAACCAAUUCCACUUCCACGGCCUGUUCGGAGAACGACUUGGACUUGGGGGAUUUUGAGGUGGAUUGGGAGGUCCCCGAUGAGGCCACGAUCCGUCUGAAGCCUUCUCGGCUUCCUGGACCAACGGAAAGAUCCGCAGUGCCAGAAAGCUCGAAAAAACAACGAUGCAACGAGGACUCGGAGGUUGCAACUAUCCAGCACCGACGCCAGAUGAUCCGGGACAAGAAGCAGGCCCGUGUGUAUGAAUGCCUGCGUUCGCAUGGAUUUGAUGGCAUCAAUGAGCCUCGUCGCGGUGGUCAGGACAGAAGUCAAGUUACUUCAUGCAGAAUGUAG